AGGGGAGGCAGUGUGGGCCGGGCCGGGGGCUUGGUGGGUGUUUUUCUCCAGCAGCAUCCUCUACAUAUCUUGUGACAUCGCGUUUUCUCACUGAGAGAUGCUCAGGGCGGAGACCAUGCUGCGUUCAAGGGGAUGAAGAGAGCGGAGGAUGAAAGUAGGUGAAAUAGAAACUGCUGCUGCACCUGCGCGGCGUGGAAAAAUCUGGAGACCCCGCCCGAUGAAAUUGGCUUUCCAACGUGGGAAAUAUGCUGUGUAAUCUCUGACCAGGAUGUCUAAAGGCAAACACUGCGAGGCGGUGAGGGUGGUGGUCCGCUGCCGCCCUUUGAGCAGAAAAGAGGAGGCGACAGAGAAUGAAAACAUCUUGGAUUUAGAUGACAGACUGGGCCAGAUCACCAUCCGGAACCCGAAGGCACCACCUGAUGAGCCUAUGAAAGUGUUCACGUUUGAUUCCGUCUACGGCUGGGAGUCAAAACAAAGCGAUAUUUAUGACGAUGCUGUGAGACCACUCGUGGAGUCCGUGAUCCAGGGCUUCAACGGGACCAUAUUUGCGUAUGGGCAGACCGGGACAGGUAAAACACACACCAUGCAGGGAGGGGUUUCAAACGACCCAGACUUGAGGGGAGUGAUUCCAAACUCCUUCCACCACAUUUUCACUCAAAUAUCCAGGACUCAGAAUCAAAAAUACCUGGUGAGGUCAUCCUACCUGGAGAUCUACCAGGAGGAAAUCAGAGAUCUGCUGUGCAAAGACAACAACAAGAAACUAGGGCUCAAAGAGAACUCAGACUUUGGUGUGUACGUCAAGGAUCUUUCCUCUGUUGUGACGAAGAACGCCACAGAGAUUGAACAUGUCAUGAAUUUAGGGAACCAGUCCCGGUCUGUGGGGUUCACCAACAUGAAUGAACGCAGCUCUCGGUCUCAUGCAAUCUUUGUGAUCACCGUGGAGUGCAGUGAAGUGGGUCCAGAUGGCGAGGACCACAUCCGGGUGGGGAAGCUGAACAUGGUUGACCUGGCUGGAAGUGAGCGCCAAAGCAAGACUGGAGCAAAAGGGAAGCGCCUGAAGGAAGCAGCGAAGAUAAACCUGUCCCUGUCUGCGCUUGGGAACGUCAUCUCAGCCCUGGUGGAUGGGAAGAGCACCCACAUCCCGUACAGAGACUCCAAACUCACCCGCCUGCUCCAGGACUCCCUGGGUGGCAACGCAAAGACAGUUAUGAUCGCCACAGUGGGUCCAUCACACAAACACUUUGAUGAAACCUUAGCCACCUUAAGAUACGCCAGCAGAGCCAAGAACAUUAAGAACAAACCUCGGAUCAACGAGGAUCCCAAAGACGCCCUGCUGAGGGAGUUCCAGGAGGAGAUCGCACGCCUGAAAGCUCAGCUGGAGGAGCGAGGGAUGCUGGCAAAGGAGAGGAGGAGGAUGAGGAGGAACAGCAAAAGACUGAGUAAAAGUCUGGCUGGUGUGGAUGAGGAGAUGCUGAAAGAGAGGGAUGUGUGGAUGCAUGCAGAGGAGGAACCAGAGGUGAUUUAUCGCAGGAAAGAGGGGAGCGACAUCCCAAAGGUUCUGACCUGUCAGGGCAGCACUGAGAAAUUAAAACACCUGAAUGAAAACAGGAAGAGCAUCGAGGACAUGCAGUGGGAUCAGGACGCUCUGGAGAAGAUCAUAGAGAAAUACAAGGCUAUGGAGAGCAAACUGCUGGUUGGAGGAAAAACAAUAAUUGAUCACACCAAUGAACAGCAGAAAAUGCUGGAGCUGAAGAGGCAGGAAAUUGCAGAGCAGAUUCGACGAGAGAGAGAGAUCCAGCAGGUGAUGAUGCUGCAGGACGAGGAGACGUUAGAAAUGAGGGAGACGUUCUCCUCCCUGCAGCAGGAGGUGGAAAUGAAGACAAAGAAGCUGAAGAGGUUGUACACCAAACUACAGCUGGUGAGAGCAGAGAUAAAAGACGUCAUCGAUGAACACGUCACAACCAGACAGGAGCUGGAACAGACACAGACUGAGCUCACCAGAGAGCUCAAGUACAAAUAUCUCCUGAUUGAGAACUUUAUCCCUCCUGGGGAAAAGAACAAGAUAAUGCACAGGUUGCACUUUGACAGUGAGGAGGAUCAGUGGAGACUCCACCCAGUUCUUCCAUCAGAGAGUGCACCCACUCAGGUCAGGAGGAGGCCUCUCUCAGCUGUGGGAUACAAGAGGCCAAUCAGCCAAUAUGCACAGAUGGCUGUUGCCUCAGCAACUGGGGCCCCGUCAAGAUACCAGGCUGAGAAUAUUAUGCUGUUGGAGUUGGACAUGUCCCCACCAACCAUGUUCACACUGAACCUUAAUGGCGCUCACCUGGAGAGAGCCUUUUCUCCCAGGCUGAUGAGAGAUCUUCUGGUAACCGUUCCCAUCAGAGAGAGGGGCUCUGAGUCGCCACGGGUCAGGAAAUCCAAGUCCUGGUAUCAAGCACCACAAGCAGCAUCCGUCACAUCAUCCUCAUCAGCCACCAAUCUGGCAUCAGGCUCUCAGAGACAAAGACCAUCCUCUGCUGCCUAUCUUCCACAUGGAGAUCCAGUUCAGACAAGCCCCUAACUUGUGUCAACACAACUGUACAAAUUGCUGGCUUUAGUUUCAGUAGGCAGAAGGUGUCCAGAUUGCUGGGGCACCUGGUGGGAAUGGGAAUCUUCUGCCUUGAUUUAAAAUGAUCUCACAGCAUUUACAUUUUUAUCUAUUUAUUCAAAAAUGAGCAAGCAUGUAUUUAAUGUAAGUGGAACAAAAGCAUUGUUUUUGCUUACUGUUGCCUAGAAACUAUGUAGUUUCUUGUGGCUUAUGUCAGUCUCAAAGAAUAGCACAGCAAAAACCUCGAUCUUCUUAAACCAGGUUUGACAUACUGUUAAUUAUCUGCAGGAUCUUUGCAGAUCCCAUUUUUAUUCCACUCCCUUUUUUUUUGAAGCAACACUUGAUCACCUAUUUUCUAAGAAAUAAGAAGCCUGUAGAUUGUAUUCACUCGUUGCCAAAACAUUGGAGGAUGAUUUGGGGUAUCUGAGAACCCUAACCACUUCUAGGGUCAUCCUGGUUUAGCCUGUAUGCUUGAUGAAUAGUUGUGCUAAUGUACUUUUGAGUAGGGUUGCAAAAUUCCGGGAAUUUUCAAAGUUGGAAACUUUCCAUGGGAAUUAUCUGGAAUUUAUGGGAAUAAACGAGAAUGAACCAGGAAUUUACUAAAUUGAAGGUUGGCUCUUAAUAGGGAACUUAAAUAAAGUUGGUGGAAAUAUAUUUUAGCAUAAUCCUGACUAAAACAACCAGAUUUCAUGCAAGUACAGUUGAAUACCUAUGCUAUUCCUCAAUCACAUGCACAGAUUAUUUCUAUUUUGGAUGGAUGUGUGCUUAUAACAAAACAAAUAUUUAUGCUUGGAUAUGAUACCUUUCCAUUAAAUUACCCUCAAUUCCCAGUUAAUUCCCAUACAUUUCCAGAUAUUUCCAUACAUUUCCAUAAUCCCAUGGAAAGUUUCCAAUUUGGAAUAUUUCCAAAAUCCCCCAGUUUAACUUCCCGGAAAUUUACCGGAAAUGUUCCACCCCUUUGCAACCCUAAUUGUGAGCCCAAAGUGUGGAGAAAGCUUGCAAUGCACUUUUGAUUAGCUGCCUUAUUUUUCAUAGUUGUGAAAUCGCGCAAAGUCCAUUUGCUUACACAUGAAAAUAAAGUGAGUCAAACGAU